AAGUGUGCAGCAGCUCUCCACGUCCCACUUUGUGUUCACUUUCACAAGUUGCCACGAAUACAGAGACAGCGGCAUGAUGUGGAGGUUAGUAAGCUGCACACUGUGCCUCUUGGUCUCUGCUCAGCUAUCUCUAUGGUGUGUUUGGGCCUCAGCAGCUGAGCUGGAUGGAGAAGUGAAGAUAGAAGUAGUGUACAAACCCGAGGAGUGCACUCAGAAGAGCAAAAGAGGAGAUCUGAUAAACGUCCACUACGAUGGCUUCCUCGCCAAAGAUGGUUCUCAGUUCUACUGCAGUCGGUCAGACAAAACCGGGCACCCCCAGUGGUUCGUCCUGGGCGUGGGACAGAUCAUUAAGGGCCUGGACCUAGGGAUGGAAGAUAUGUGUCCUGGAGAGAAACGAAAAAUAACUGUCCCACCCGGCCUGGCCUUUGGAGAGAAAGGCAAAGACCCGGUGCCGCCCAAUGCCACGGUGGUCUUUGAGGUGGAGGUGUACUCUGUAUCCAGGGGGCCCCGCAGCAUGGAGGCCUUCAAAAUGAUGGACCUGGAUAAAGACAGUAGUCUCUCAAAGGAAGAGGUAAAGCAAUACUUGCAGCUGGAUUAUGAAAAGGAUGGGAAGCCACGUGACGCCGCUUUCUAUGAGAAGAUUAUGGCGGAUAUUUUCCGCAAGAAUGAUCAGGACAGCAACGGCCACAUCAGUGCCAAGGAGUAUAACAUUUAUGGACAUGAUGAGCUCUAGAGAUCCUGCGGAUUUAGGUUAUGCAAUUAGAGAAAAAAAAGAACAUGAAUGGUUCGGGAAUAAAAGCCAUGUUCACAUAUUCUUACAAUGAUGCAACGGUAUCAAGGGACAUUCUAGGUAAAAAAACCUGAUUAUCCAAGAGUUUUAUUUUUCUUUAAUUUGAUAAUCUCUCUGUUUUUUCACAUAUUUCACCCUUUUACAUUGUUUUCUGUUAAAUGCAGAUGUUCUUUUUACUAUGAGAAUAUUGUAGUGGUGCAUAUUACAAUGACACACAAGAUUGACAAUGUUAGCCAACACUUCAAACCCCUAAAUGGUAUUUAAAUGUUGUUUUGGGGCGGCAUUUUUCCUUCAAAAAGAAAACAGGAAGUAAUCAUGUUGAGGUAUUUGGAGUUCCCUAUAUGUACUUUCCAUAUAACGUAUUUCCAAGCCAAAUAGUAGCCACUCAAUUUUUUAUACGAAGUAUUAAACUAUGCAAGAAACUGUCCAACACCUGGAAAUGUGUUGAUGAAAAACCACUACAUUUUAUGAUUUAAUGUGUUUUAUUUCUGUCUUUAAGUUGUGUCUUUUGGUGAUUAAAUUUGCAGAAGAAAAGCCCACAGUAUUGCACAAAGUUGUGGCUUUGAAACUGUAACAUGACUGUCAUAUGACAUGUUGGUUUACCCGCCACAAGAGAAAGAUCCUAACUUGUCUUCCUGUGAAAUUCCUGCCCUCCAAUCUGCAACAUCACACCAGUGCGCGAUAUAUAUAUAUAGAAGCCCUUAGAAGCAAAUGACAAAAACAUUUUCUAAGCCUGAUCUAAAUUGUUUUUCUUUCCUGAUUUAUGAAAUAAGAACAUGUGGGAAAAAAGGAUUUGCAAAGACAACGUUUUCCAAAGUAAUUAUGAAUGCCUUCGUUCCUAUUGAGAACCGACAUGUUGUACCAUAUUUUAGCCUCUUGUGGCCGGAAUUAAUAUUACAACAACAAACUUUGCCAAAAAUAAAAUCACCUACCAACAUGUUUGCUUUUCACCUAUUCACCGAUUUAAAAAACAAAGAAAUAUGAACCUGACAAAACAUUUGACCUACUUGAUCCAAAAGGGAAAAAGGGAGCUGUUCUUAAGUCAUUAACAGGAGGGACUUCCAUUUCACAUUGCAUCAGCUGUGAUUGAGAAGUUUGAAUACAGUUUGUGAUAAAAAUGCACACAGAUAAAUGUUGCGGUGUGUCAGACCCAUUUACAAGUUUGUUUACAUCUUUAAUGUGGUCCAAAAUAAUGAUAUUGUUGUAUCCAGAUUAACAGUUUUUGUAUUUUGUAACACAAUAAAGAAACCACAGUGAAUGUGGAAAACAACA